AAUGAAAUAAAUUAGUACUACUUUCUUGCUUGUCCCAAAACCCUCGUGCAUUCAUCUUUUCUUGUCUCUCUUUCUGUGCUCACACACACUCACACACACUUUUUAAGGAACCCCUUUGCCUCAUUUGGCUUCAUUGGAUCUGGGCUUCUCUCAAUUUCUCCCAUAAGGAAGGAUUUUGGGAGUAGUGAACCAGAGUCCUGAUGGAUCAACUUCCUGCGGAAGAAAGGGAGUUUGGGAUUGAUCUUGAGGCUGGUAGGAAUACUAGCGAUGAAGUGCAACACACUGACAAUGAUUCAGCUGCCAACUCGGAUAAAAAUUUGUUUGACAAGUUAUUUAGAGGGAUUGUUAGUGUUGAUGUUUUAGUAAGGGGAGAAAAUGGAGUAAGUUUGAAUUCAUCAAAUGAUGGUGUGGCUUAUCCAGAGAGAGUGAAACUGUUGGUGGAUGAAAAAGUUCAGGGAGAAGAGGUGGCGGAUCUAAAAGAGAGCAAAACAGGGAGGGAAAAACGUAAAACGUUAAGUGCUAAGAAGCCUCCAAAACCUCCACGACCACCUAGAGGUUUGUCACUGGAUGCUGCUGACCAGAAGCUGAUUAAAGAGUUUGCACAGUUAGCUAUGAUGAAACGGGCAAGGACUGAAAGAAUGAAGGCAUUGAAGAAAAUGAAAGCUGCCAAGGUAUCAUCAUCAUCAUCGUCUGGUGGAGGAAAUUUGUUCGCCAUGCUUUUUACCGUAAUCUUCUGUCUUGUUAUACUUUUUCAAGGAGUGUCCUCUAGAAGUUCAACAGCAAAUUUUGCGGGCUCUCCAGAAUCAGCUCGAGUUAUUGAGGAUGGUUCUAUAUUGAAUGCUAACCACUGGAAUCCAUCCACUAGCGGUACUGAUUUACCUAGUUCGGUGUCCCCCAAUUAUGCAGAACGGUUUGCAACUUUAAAUCGUGAAAGCAAGGGGAGCAGAGAAGCAAGGUGAAAUUGUAUCAAAAUCCUAAAGCCUUAUACACACAAGUGAUCAGAAUAAAAAAUUGUGAAGCUUCUUCCGGGUCCUGUGGAUGACAUAUUCAAAGUUGCAGCUUUAACAGUGAUUGAUGCCACCGCUGUAAAUUACUUAAGGCAGUCUAAAAGUUUAUAUAUAAUCUGUGGCCGUGUCCUGUUCUAUUCACAUUGUUUUCAAGUCACUAUUGUCGAAGACUCUGAGAAAUUUUCUUUUGAAACCUGAGAUCUCUUGCCAAACUAAACCACUGUAAAUAGUGUAGACAUCUCAUAGUACUGUAGAUUGUGGUAAUUGAAGCCAUUUUAAGUUUUGUGAUGAACAAUAUAUAAAUAAUAUUUCUGUGGAUCAGUUAAGAGUUGAUUUUGCUUCAA